AUGCUUUCUGUAUUUCAGCUGACUCAGUUGGCAGCCUCCUUAUAUGGCUACCGCCCAAGUUAUCCACAGCCAUUCCCCCAGCAGCCUGUAUUGCCUCUGCCAAGGUUUUACCUCUGGCCGCAACAGAUGCCGGUACAUCAAGCAGCCAAGGUGCUCCAGCACAAGCUACGCCAAAUUCCUGUGACUAAACAGCCAUUGCACAGGCCUCAGCCAAGGCCCCGUUCACCACAGCAACCACAUAAACCAAUACAACAACCACAACCGAGAAUACAGCAGCUGCCCAAACAGCAUCGAAAUGCCAACCCAGUAGGCCCUCCGCAGACACACCCGCAAGUGCCAGUUCAGCAACCCAAGGGCGGAAAGCAGCAGCAACCACGCCAGGCAUUUCCUCCAAAUCAGCAAUAUCCAUGGCAUUUCCAACAAAUUUUUGGUCAAGGAAGAUUCCAACCAUUUGGCCCGUAUCAACAUAUGCCUGCAGGAGUUGGACGGCCUCGACCGCCUACCAGUGAAGAAGGGGUAAAUACAACACCACAUAUAACUGGAAUCAUAUGGGCUAAUCCAUGUAUAAGGCUGCUAGGAAGGGGACAGUGA